AUGGGCUCCCAGCCUCCCGUCAGCAAGCGUCUCAUCGUCUGCUGCGAUGGAACGUGGAUGAAUAGCGACAACGGCUAUGAAGAGCCAACUCUCCAGCACCCUGAGCCGACGCUUCAAGUACCGUCGAAUGUCACCCGAAUCAGCCGCUGCUUCAAGCGGCGUUGCAACGAUGGCACGCUGCAAGUGAUCUCGUACGAGUCGGGAGUUGGCACUGGCAGUAAUCUCAUUGAUCACCUCACCGGUGGUGCAUUUGGCUUGGGUCUUUCUGAACGAGUCCGCGAAGCGUAUUCCUACCUUUGCGCGAACCAUAUCGACGGCGAUGAAAUUUUCCUCGUUGGGUUUUCGCGAGGCGCCUUCACAGCUCGAUCGGUCGCGGGCAUGGUCGGGAACUUGGGCCUUCUUACUAGAGAAGGCUUGGAGUACUUCUAUCCCAUCUUCAAGGACAUGGAGAACUGGAACAAUGACAAGUAUGAAGACGAGUUUCCAGGACAGCCGUUCCCCAACAAGCCCAAAGGACCAAAUGCGGCGGACGAAUACCGAGCAAGACUCGAGAAGAUGGGCUACACUCGUGUGUACCAGGAAAACGGCGAGUUGAUCAAGAUCAAGGCCGUCUGCGUUUGGGACACUGUUGGCAGCUUAGGCAUCCCCAAGGUGUCGUGUACAUAUAAGUGGCAUGACACGUCGCUUUCGGAUCGCAUCGAGCACGCCUUUCAAGCACUUGCUCUGGAUGAGACUCGUGCUCCAUUCUCCCCGGCUGUCUGGGAGAGGCUUCCUGAGAACAGGUUGACGACCGACCUCAGACAGGUCUGGUUCCCAGGCAAUCAUGCAAACUGCGGCGGUGGGUGGCCAGACCAAGAAGCCGCCGACGCCUCGCUUGCCUGGAUGAUGGACCAGAUGGCAUCUGUAGGAGUUGAAUUCGACUUGUCAUGCCUCGAGAGAGUUGCACAGAAGACCAUCGGUUACUAUAAGAGCCUGAAACCCGCAAAGAAGACGCUGAAAUGGGCUGUUGAACCCAUCUAUAAGGAAAACCAACCAGUUCGGCCGUGGGCACUGGGAUCCAUCAACAAGGCUGGCGAUUUCAUAUACAAGCUCUCGGGAUUCGAAAACAGGACUCCCGGGUUGUAUAAGCGAACCGACCCAGAGACUGACCGCGAGACCGGCAUCUUUCUGCAAGACACCAACGAGCGCAUUCAUAGCUCGGCCAGAGUUCGGCUUGCUUGCAAGGGGCUUGGCUUGGACGAUAAAGCCGUGUGGACCUGCCCAUCCAUGGCCAAUUGGCAGCUGAAGCACACCGAUGCAACAUUCGAGGACCCGAUCCCUCGCAACCCGAGCUGGUGGCAGGGUCCUCCGGAUGAAUCUGGGGUCGAUAAGCAACAGGAUGGGAGAUGGAUCUGGGAAUAUGCCGGACCGCAGCGCUCUGCGCCCACAGAUCCCAAGCAGAGAAUCAUGGUGGAAGAGCCGCUAGGGCCAUAUGAGCGGUAUCUCCUACAGCUGUCAGAGGGAACACCAAACGUUUACCUAUUUGCCGAGACCCAGGAUAUCGACUGGCAAGGCAAGAAGAUUCCCGCUCUAAGAAGCGGGAGGGAUGUCGCCUGA